CCAGUUCAUUUUUCUAACGGUACUGUCGCGGCACAGGAGUGUCCGUAAAAGUCGGACGGGCCUCGAAAAUGAUAAGCGAGUGACAAGUGAACGAUUGUUCUGUGGAUAAUGUAGGUCGCCGCAGUUUGUUGUCAUAAUUGAUGUGAAUAACUGAUCCCGUGUCCGAAGGAAUAUAUGCUGGCGACGCCGGUGGUCUGAAGAAUUUGUGUGUUUAGUGGAUCACUAGUUUUAAACCAUGGCUGAAGCUGCAGGUGCUGCCAGCAGCAACCCCAACGCUGAGAUUAUUCGUGGCCAAGUGUUCGAAGUUGGUCCACGGUACACAAGUCUGCAAUAUAUAGGCGAGGGAGCUUAUGGAAUGGUUGUUUCUGCCUUCGACAACGUGAAGAAAUCGAAAGUCGCAAUUAAGAAAAUAUCUCCAUUCGAACAUCAAACGUAUUGCCAGAGAACAUUACGGGAAAUCAAAAUUCUAACUCGGUUUAAACACGAAAACAUUAUCGAUAUACGAGAUAUUUUAAGAGCUGAAACUAUUGAUCAAAUGAAAGACGUUUACAUCGUUCAAUGCUUGAUGGAGACCGAUCUUUACAAGCUGUUGAAGACCCAGAAAUUAAGUAACGAUCACAUCUGCUACUUCCUGUAUCAGAUCCUUCGAGGACUGAAAUAUAUUCACUCUGCAAACGUCCUCCAUAGGGACUUGAAGCCUUCUAAUUUACUACUUAAUACCACGUGCGAUUUGAAGAUUUGCGACUUCGGUCUGGCGCGAGUUGCGGAUCCUGAUCACGACCACACCGGUUUCCUCACGGAAUACGUAGCCACGCGCUGGUACCGUGCUCCUGAAAUCAUGCUCAACUCAAAGGGCUAUACCAAAUCAAUAGAUAUUUGGUCAGUGGGAUGUAUUUUGGCGGAGAUGCUGUCCAACAGACCUAUAUUCCCGGGCAAGCACUAUUUGGAUCAAUUGAAUCACAUUUUGGGAGUGCUCGGUUCGCCGAGUCAGGAGGAUCUUGAUUGCAUCAUUAACGAAAAGGCUCGUGGUUACUUGGAGUCGUUGCCGUUCAAGCCUCGCGUGCCGUGGGUGGACCUCUUCCCCGGAGCGGACCCUCGCGCCUUGGACCUGCUCCAUCGCAUGCUGACUUUCAACCCUCACAAACGCAUCACGGUCGAGGAAGCCCUAGCCCAUCCGUACCUCGAGCAGUACUACGACCCGAAUGAUGAGCCCGUAGCCGAGGAGCCUUUCCGUUUCGCGAUGGAGCUCGACGAUCUCCCGAAGGAGACGCUCAAGAAAUACAUAUUCGAGGAGACGUUGUUCUUUAAACAGCAGAACGAAGACGCGUAAGUCUAGAAGAAAGUGGAUACCGCUCGCCCCCACACUGUGAACACAUCGCAGGAAACGGGGCGAUCGGCGUUCUGCGCGUUCGCUCACUAUUGUUCACCUCUGACCCGACGACCAGGUAAUUUAUCAAACUUAUCGAUCGAAUGAUGGGACGUCGUUGAGUGGAAAGCACUCGACCCGCA